AUGGCUCAAAUAAGAAGAAAGACAGUAGACCAAAGGCAAACUAAAGCGCAAGCUCACUUUCAAGCCAUGUUCAAUCGGGUGAAAGCUAUGAAACAAGUAUGCGGGAGUUUAAAACUAGAAUUGGCAGCUCGUAUAUGGCUAUUAAAAAUCAAGUAUCCGAAAAUCUUAUUAUUCUUGAAAUGUCUUUUUUGGGGUCUUAUUAUGGUUCGAGCUGGAUUGAUCAUUUAUGAUAAUAUCUCUGCUCUAUUUGCAUCAUUGCCUACUUGUCAUUGUCCUAUGAUGGGGAUGGUCUCUAGCUCAGGAUCAGAGGCUGGACCCUUGGCCCCUCCUUCUUCUCCCCUUGAUUUGACUUUGAAUGAUCCUGCUGAACCCAACCCAAGAGCGGAUCCAUUCUUUCCAUUCACACGAGAACCGCGAGCGGACGAUCCUAUCGAUGUGUUUCGGUCAAGGCCAGACAAUAUGGACAGAGAAUUUGAGCUCUUUGCUCGGAUUCGGCUUUUAGAAGACAGAUUUCUCGAGGGGUUGCCGCCCCAAUUACAAUCAGGGGAGUACGAAAUGUUAAUCCGUCAGUUCCUCGAUAGCACGAUAGAUAUUUCUAACUAUUCUGUGACUAUGGCACGAGAAUUCCUUGAUCUGACUAUCUUAGAAAAGAAAGCAGAUCUCUUAGAUGGGAUCUUCAAUUUGUUGAUGGGGGAGCCUACCGAACGGCUAAGGCAAAUCUUAUUGGAAUCGCCCUUUCCAGAACGGGCCAUAAGGACGGAAGCACUUGACUUCAUCGUGGAUUCCAUAGAGAAAGUAGGAUCUCUGAAUCAAUACAAUCUAAGUGAUCCGGGAUCUUCUUUCGAAAGAAGGGUGGUUACCACUAUUCUUCAAUACUGGAUUCAAGAUAUUCAACAACACGGACAUCUAUCCCCGUUCUAUCUUCAGUUUCUGGACCACUUUAUGGGGUUCUAG